AUUAAGGGUGACCACUCAAUCAUGACGCGCUAAUCGCGUUGGUAGCAUACCUCUGGAGACGCGACUCUCUAAGUGGUGCAGCCACACUCACUCUCAGUUUUAAGCAAGAAUAGACUGCCUUGGAUUCCCAUUUGACCAAGGCAGCUAGCCGGUCAUUAUGGCUGAGGCUGGCGAUGGUACCGAGGGCCAAUUCAAGAAGUUUCACCCCUUCUUCUCCGGCCCUAGCAGUGUUCCUUCCAAGAUCGAGAAUGCCGUAACUCCUCCAACCCCCGACCCUUCGUGCAGUCCUGCUUCCGACGAAUCGAGGAACGACCCCGUUUAUCACGAAGACCACCAAUGCGACCCGAGCGAACGCAAGCGAAAACGCCGGAAAACGGUCCCCUCCUCUGGCGCCUCCGAAACUACUCAAUCUACGGGUUCUCGUCCAAAGCGCCGGGUUCGUGUUUCUGCCGGACCCGGUAUCGUCACACACUUCGGACAGGAGAUUAGCAAAGGCAAUCAGUCAGGUGCUGAGCAGGCCUUGCAUAGUGAGCGACAGUCAGCGCCGCUCACCUGUGACAUCAACCCCAUUCCCACACAAGCUUCGAGCUGUGCUGCUGAGGCCGAAUGUGAUACUCUGAAAGAGAAGGAGAACAGCGAAGCGCUCGGUUCAACGACCUCCCAAAAGCCACAGAAACUGCUGAAAUUCAACCCAGCAACUGGCACAAUUGGAUCACCCCCACGAUCUAAGCCAUCAACACCUACCUCAAACUCAACAUCGGGCAAAAGGCGUGGCCGAAAACGUAAAUCCUUGGUCAUUACUGUAUCAUAUGGAAUUGAAGCGGCAUCACGAGAGCAGAUUGGACAACGGAUUAACGGGGUGCUUUCGGGGGCUUGGCGAAUUCCUUUGCCAACAUUAACAAAACAAACUCAUAAUACACCAUCUGUUGGUCACGAAAACGACCAUGUCAAGGCUUUGCCCAAAAAGCCAUCACAUCCCUUCUUCCAAGCCAAAGCCAAAGCUGCGUCCUCAACCCACGAAGAUGGCCAAAAGGCAGCAAAAACGAGCAAGCCAUCUAAACGACAGGUCAUCUUUACCUCAACUCCCUGUUCACCCGGACGGGCUCGCCCUAUGCCUUCAAGCUCGUCAGUCCCAAGCCUAAACUUCAAGAAAGGUACUGUAAAAGUGCCAGGAGCACAGCAUCCUGCAUGGCCCUGGCGGGAGGUGGUGCAUAUUCGCGGCAAGACGUCCUCAGAUCUUGUCGAUGGUGCCGAACCUAGAGUAGUUCCGAGAGACUCUAGGGGACGCAAGGCGAAGGGGCAAGCAAUUAAUAUCAGCGAGCAUGAAAACAUUUUAUACGAAAGCGCUGCGAGAUUAACAGUUCGCCAAUUUGCUGACGAGUUGAAAUCUACCGACGACGAGAACUUCCGUCCUAUAGCACCGCUACUUCGGGUACCUAUCAAACAUUUUGAAAGUGGUCGCAAGCUCCAAGCACAAGUAGCAAAAGAGCUUUGUACGUUGCAUAACGGCGGCGGCUUGGCGCCGACGCAUCCAGCGAUUAUUCACGCAUACAACUCUAUUGCAACUACGCUGUCAGCAUUUGACAAGGCUACAUGUGAAUCUGUUGCUUGGGCCCAAAAAUACGCCCCUACCUCUGCACAAUGUGUUCUUCAAACUGGACGGGAAGCCGAGCUUCUAAGGGACUGGCUCCAGAGCUUGAAAGUUCAGGCAGUAGACACAGGGACGUCGGACAAUAUACCUAAAUCUAAAAAUGCAUCUGCUCCUAAGAAAAAGCGCGGGCACAAGAAACUGGAAGGAUUCGUAGUGUCUAGCGACGAAGAAUCCAACGACCUGGACGAACUCUCUGAAGAUGAGCCACAAAAUCUUGUGCACGGCAUUAAAAAGACGGUAGUGCGCUCUGGUGACGGAGUCGAUAGGGGAGGCAAACCAAGUGGCCGACUGGCUAAUACCGUGUUACUGAGUGGACCGCACGGCUGCGGUAAGACAGCAACGGUAUAUGCGAUGGCCAAGGAGCUCGAUUUUGAAGUAUUCGAAAUCAACGCUGGGGCACGCAGAAGCGGGAAGGAUAUUUUGGAAAGGGUUGGAGAUAUGACGCGGAAUCAUCUCGUGCGUCAUCAUCAGAAAGACGAGCAUCUCCCCGAUGCUAUCCUAGAAGAUGAGGUCGCCAAAGACACGAAAUCCGGAAAGCAGGGCAUGAUGACAUCGUUCUUCAAGCCCCAGCAUCCCCAGCCGACGAAGAAGGUAGACCAGACGCAUGAGGCUCCAGUGCCCGUAUCGCAAGAGAAUAAGCCCAGUAGGAGUCAAAAACAAUCACUUAUUCUGUUAGAAGAAGUCGAUAUUCUUUAUGAAGAAGACAAACAGUUUUGGGCUACUGUUAUCGCCAUGAUUGCCCAGUCGAAACGACCAUUCAUAAUGACUUGUAACAAUGAAUCGUCCAUACCUUUGCAGAGCUUGAAACUCCAUGGGAUCUUCCGCCUCUCCUCACCGCCCAUGGACUUGGCAGUUGAUAUGCUUCUUCUGAUUGCCGCCAAUGAAGGACAUGUUCUCAGAAGAGAUGCCGUCAAGGCCUUAUAUGGUUCGCGUGGUUAUGACCUCCGCGCAGCAAUCACCGAGUUAAACUACUGGUGUCAGAUCGGUGUUGGAGAUCUUCGCGGUGGCUUUGACUGGUUCUAUCCCCGAUGGCCGAAAGGCAGUGAUAUUGAUGAAGAAGGGCAAACAAUUCGAGUUGUUAGUCAAGAUACAUACCACACCGGCAUGGGCUGGCUCAACAGAGACUUGACGGCUUCUGAGUCAUCACUACCCUCCGUUGUCCCCAACCUACAUAGAGAGGCAUGGGAACAUUGGGGCUUGGAUGUAUCUGAUCACCAUGAGGUUGAAGAUGCCGCAUGUUGGGCUAGGGGAGCUAUGGAUCAAGCCUCUUCGCGAGCGACCCGCCUGGCCCUAUUACAGUCUAUCGAAACAUUCACGGAUAUUAUAAGUGAAUCUGAUCUUUAUGGUACUUUCUUGCCACCUCUUUCAAAUCACAUUGCUCUUGACGCAACAAUGCCACAGCUACACGCCAAAACGUUGGAUGAUUUUCCCAUCGGUAAUAAGGUUCUAGAAGUUACCCCGCUAUGUCAUUAUACUUCAAUCUCACAGGACUUGUCUGCUUCAUUAAGAAUCCUUGCUCAAUCGAAAUUGGUUGAUGGUAAACUGCUCCCACAACAUGAGAACCCUUCAAGUCGUCUAGACGAGGGGCAGAUUACAGGCGAUAUCGAGCAUCACCUCAGGAUGAUUUCACAAGCCGAGAAACCAAUUACACGCAAAGACUACAGCAUCGCUUUCGAUCCCAUUGCUGUAUCCGAGAAGAUACUCUCAAACAAUUAUCUUGACCCCUCCGUAUUCGACAGGGAGAUGACGCCCCUCUGCUUAGACGUGGCUCCAUAUGUCCGUAGCAUAGUGUCGUACGAUCUACGGCUCUACAACGAACGUCGCACGCGAAGCAAUCUUCUCAGCGAGGGCGGACGGCCUGAGAAAAAGCGCAUGCGAACGACGAGAGCUGCACUCUCGGCGCUAGAGGGCGGCUCAAGAGCAACUACGAGGCGGGAGAGGUACUUCGCGGCGGAUAUCAACCCGUAUCUUGUGAUGCGCACAGGUGGGAAGGGCUGGGAGGAAUUAGUGCAACAAUUCACUGAGAUAGAACAUCAUGCUCCUAUCGUGGCCCCAGAGACAUUGGAUACAGAUAUAAUUGCUGGGGUGGAUCAAUCUUAGGUUCGCCAUGUGAGUAUAUCGGAUUAUGUAUAUAGAUAGAUACAGGGUUUUUUUUUUUUUUUUUUUUUUUUUUUUU